UGGGAGCUGGGUGGAAAGGUCGCUGCUCCUCGGCGCCGUUCCCGCUGCGGUGCCUCGCUGUGCUGCUUCCGCCUGGCCCACGUCUUUCAGCUUUCUGUGAGUGCUUCGUUUGUGUCCGCUCAGUUGCCGUGUCCCGCUGCAGCCGUGUCUCAUUUCUGAAGCACUAUUCAUAAAUACCUUUGGUUUUAAAGCGAAGACUUUUAGGGGAAUGUGUCUCUAAUUAAACUUCCAGAAGAUCUGAUGUCACGUGAGCUGGCAUGGGCUUUCCUGCUGUAGUAACCUGCUCAGCCAGCCGCUCAGUUUGGGGAGGGAGGUUUGACACUUUUAAGCCACUCAGGUGUUUGGCUGCUCCCUCCGGCUGCAUUCCUAGAAAAAGGGUUUAACGUGGAAGUAAGUCAUUCAGUUGCUGUCGUGUGCCUAAAACUGGGACAGCAUGCGUUUAUUCGGGUCUUACCACUAUUGAUUUGCCCUAAACUAUCUCAUCUGCGAAGUGGAAAAUGGUAAGAGGCACUAAAUGCUCUUCUGUGACAGUUCUCCAGUGAUUCAACCUGUCUUGAGUGUCUGGGAUUUAUUGCUCUGUUUUGGAAGUGAUAUGUAAGGGGCAACAUAGCUCCCUGUUUUUCUCCCUAUGAAAAGCUCUUGGACCCUCUUCCCCAGCCACCCACUGCUAUCCCCACCCAUAAGAAAUAGGAAUUUCUUGCUGCUUUUUGUACUGAAGUGUCCUGCCAGCAGUGGGCCCUGCAAGGUGCCCAUGGGUGUGUGACCUCCCCAGACCUCACUCGCUGGGGCUUCACGUCCCCAUCCCAGCUGGAGAGAGCUGUAACUGCUGGAUCCAACUUGGACCUCACCCUGCUCAGAGUGGUUUUAUAGCCACUUCAUAAUUUUGGGAGAAGUUUGGAGAAUUCUUUCCCCUCAGCUGAUGAGAGCUUGGGAUGCAACAGGAGAACAGAGAUCUAGUGCUUCCAUGUGGAAAAAUGGGGCAAGGUUUGUUCUGUGGGUACUUCUGUGCAGAGAAGGUUGCUGCCUCUUCAGCUUUGUCUGCAGCAGGGUGGGCUGAGGAAGGGCGCUCCCCCCACCCCGGUGGGGACAGCGUGGGCACAGGGGGCUGUGGACCCGCCUUUGGUGGGAGCGGGCGCCUUGGUGGGGACAAGGACAUGUUAGCUGUGGGGGAACGAGUGAGAAACGGCGGGUUUUGGUUCGGAAAAGUGGAGAUCUCACACUGAGUGACGUGUUCCAGGUGGGGUCCCUGCAGAGCAGCAGUUCCAGGUGGCCCAAAACUGCCCCACACAGCGGGGCUCUGUGGUGCACAUGGUGAGGGGCGUUGCCGUCCCGCUCAUCAAGACCUUGCAUACAUUUCAACACUUCUACCCCUGCCCUGCAGCAGUAGCUAUGACAGCAACGGAUGUAUUGAAAAGCUUUAAGAUGUCUUAGUGGAAAAUGAGUUUUAUUUGUGUUUCAGUUUGGAGUUAAAUCAUUAAAACUUACUUGCAAAACAAUUAGGUCUGCCAUCUUUCCGUGUGACAGGGGAGUUCCACCAAAACGCUGCGCUGUACGUUUUUGCCAGACCUUGGUGUCCCUGUGUUAAGAUUUCUCUGGAGUGAAGCUUGCGUCAAGCAGACCCAGUUGGCUUCUAGUUCACAAAGCUGUUAAGUUUAAUCUUGUUCCAGUUUAAUUUUAAUGUCAUGAAUUGAAAUUAUAUGCAUGGCCAUUUUUCUUUUUUGCGAAGAGUUGGAUUUGGAACGAGAGCAAAAUGGCUCGAGGACGCAAGAGCAAUAGCAUCAAAGAGAGCGACUUCACUAACAGCACCCAUCCUCAGGAUUUAGAGAGAAGACUUUUUGUCGGCAAUUUGCCCACAGACCACAUGACUCGUGAAGAAAUGGAAGAGAUAUUUUCAAAAUAUGGCAAGAUCAGGGCCCUCAGCAUGUACCAUGGCUAUGGGUUCGUGCAGUAUGACCGUCUAGAAGACGUCCAGGCCGCUCUGGACGGUGAGAAUGGGCGCCUUUAUAAAGGGUAUAGAUUAGAUAUUAAUAAAGCAGUGGAAAGAAGAAAUAUGAAUAAGGCUUCAUCAAGGUCCAGUCCGGCACGAAGGGAGCCGUACACCUACGGGGAUGGCCGAGACACCAGGCGCGACCGCUCCCCUCUUCGGGGGAGCCCACGGAGAGACCCCAGAGAUGGCAGGGAUGGGAGAAACGGGCGAGAUUCCAGAGACGCUCGAGACAUUCGAGCCAGAGACAUGCGUGACACCAGAGACCACAGGGACCCACGGGACCUGCGAGACCCACGGGAUAUCAGGGAUCCAAGAGACCUGCGAGACCUUCGUGAUGUUAGAGAUCUUCGUGACCCACGGGAGCCGCUGUAUGAUCGAUACAGGGAUCCACGGGAUAUGAGAAAUCAAAGAGAUGUGAGGGAUCCACGGGAUAUGAGAGACCCUCGGGACCCUUUGUACAGACGAGAUGACGCGUAUGACCGUUACCUCCGCUUUGACGACUACUACCGGCGGAAGGACGACUCCUACUAUGACCGUUACAAAGAGCAUUUUGAUAGAGCACCAGGGAGUUCAGAAGACCGUCUGAAGCGCGAGGAGCGGCGCCGGGAGGAGUUGUACCGGCAGUACUAUGAGGAAAUCAAGAGGCGUUUUGAUGCAGAAAGACCUGUGGAUUGUUCUGUGAUAGUGGUGAAUAAACAGACCAAGGAGUAUGCCGAGUCGGUGGGGCGGAAGGUGCGGGAUCUGGGCAUGGUAGUGGACCUGAUCUUCCUCAACACUGAGAUGUCCCUGACACAAGCCCUGGACGAUGUGAGCAGAGGAGGGUCUCCUUUUGCCAUUGUCAUCACCCAGCAGCAUCAAGUUCACCGCUCUUGCACUGUUAACAUCAUGUUUGGCACCCCACAAGAGCACCGCAACAUGCCCCAAGAUGAUGCCAUGGUGCUGGUGGCAAGGAAUUAUGAGCGCUACAAAACGGAGUCACGGGAGAAGGAGCGGGAGGAGAUCGCCCGGCAGGCUGCCAAGAUGGCAGAUGAAGCCGUUCUGCAGGAGCGGGAGCGCCCACCCCCUGUGGAGGAGAGUGUCAGGGGAGGGCACCCUCCAGGCAUCCAGACUCUCUUGAACCUGCUGGCAGACAAUCGCUAUCUAAGUGCAGAGGAGAUCGAUAAAGUAAUUAAUUACCUGAGGGACCGGAAGGAGCGGUUGCUGAGGGGCAGCGCUGAUGCUCUGCAGGCACCCAUGUCAAGGCAGUCUUUGGGGGCACCUUCAGGAUCAUCUCUUGGUAGUCAGGCCAGCCUUCCAAACUCUCAGGCUCAUCAGGGUUCACAGCCUCUGGUCUCUGCACCUUCUGUUCCAGUGUCCUCUUCUAAUCCUCAGCAGGAGCUUCAAGCAAAAAUCCUCAGUCUCUUCAACAGUGGGGCAGCAGCAGCUGCUGCAGCAAACAGCAGCUCUGCACCCUCUGCAGGCACUUCAGGCAGCACUCCCACCCAGAACUUUGCUAACAUGGCUGGUGGUCAGGCCCGAGCAGCACAGAUGGGUGCUGGAAAUUUAAACCAGGCUCCGCAGAGAUUGCAGGCUCCAAGCACACAGCUUCCUGCUCUCCAAGGCCCUUCAAGAAAUGCAGGUCCAAGACCUGGAGCUCCUCCACAAGCUCAGUCACUCUAUGGUCAGCAUCAAAAUCGCCUCCCUGCACCUGGCAGUGUACCUGCUCAAAGGCCAGUAUCUUCUGGUAUCAACUUUGACAACCCUAGUGUACAGAAAGCCUUGGACACCCUUAUCCAGAGUGGUCCUGCACUGUCCCACCUAGUGAGCCAAACAGUGGCCCAGGGGAGACCAGGGUCCUCAGCCCAGCAACCCAUGGGUUCCUACCAGCGACACUAUUAGAACGGAGCUGUCAGGCCCUUUCCCCUCCCAUUGCCAUUCCGUACUUACAGCUGUUGAAAGUCUCCUGUCCUCACAGGAGAAGGGUCCCUGGACCUGCAUGUCCUCUCCACUUUGGCAGGAGCGUCCCCCAGUGGCCUCGCUGCCGGCUGCUGCUCGCGCUGCCCUUCCUGGCCCCGCUCUGGUCCGUGGUGUUUGGAGACGCGCGCUCCGCGGCAGGACGUGCCAGGAGCCGCUUUGGGUCAUCGGUUGUUUUGUCUAGUCCCAGAAGCUGCUGCAGUGACAGUCCCCAGGCCUUCUCCUCACCCUGGUGCCUGGUGCAUCUUCUCACUGUGGCACAGUCUGGUCUCACUGAAUGCUCUUAGUACGGUUUGUGUCAGUGGUGAGGAAAUGAACUGAGGCAAAGCAGGACCCUGACGGGGCCCUCGAGACCCACCUUUGUGGAACGGGAGCUGUUCUUCUUUGUUUUGUUUUUUCUUUGGUUGGUUGGUUUGGGUUUUUUUUAAUGGUUUAUAAGCCAGUUGGAAAGUGCAGUGGUAGCACUAGCAGCCAAACUUAAAGCACAUUCCUGACCGCUGCUCUGCAACCCAGGACCGUGCUGAUGGGUCCUUCUGCAGCUCGAAUGUGGUGUCCUGGCAGAGGGAGGCACAGGAACACUCCUCACCUCGCCCAGCUGUGGAAACCAGCAGCUUUGGUGCAGAUAGUGUGGCAGGUCUGAAACACAAGAGCUUCCAGCUAAGGCACAGAUUUCAGUCUGUCAGUUUUCCUACACCAAGCAGUCAGUGUUAAGAUCAAUCUGUUAAAUUGGAUGUAUAAAUUUCCUUCUCUUACAAUCUUGCAUUGGGAGGGUUGGUUGCUGUGCUGGUGAGCUGCUGGCCCUCCUUUGGGAACACCUGCAGCCAGGUACCAGGUGGUGAACAUGAAUGUGCUCUGAAGCUUCAUAUUGUUGUUGAUGGUGUUCUGUCCAUCUAAGGUGGAGAGACAGUGCCAAAAUGCAAUACCAUAAUUUUAUACAAUUUUUCCACACUUUGACUACAGUGAACUGUUGAGUGGAAAAUCAGGCAGUGAUUCUUCACCAUGUUUUUAACCAGUAACAUACUUUGAUACCAGAACACAGAACCUUUCCUAACUGUGUGGUCCUCCCCAUCAUGGCCUUGGAGUCUGUAGGCUUCCUGCAGAGAGCCGAAAGCAGCUGAGAAAGCAGUGUUCUUGGAGCAGAGGAUUGUCUUUGUCCCAGGUGAUUUGUGUUGUAGCAUUUUUUUUCUUUCUGUGCUGUUAACAAGAGGACAUUACUUUUUAAUAAAAAGGCAGAAAAAAUGUUUUGUUGCAUUUUUUGACACUU